GAGGAUGAACGAGGCAAAUGGAAGACGUAGAAGUCGGGACGAAGAAAGAAUUAUUGAAGGAAAGGGACAUUGAAUGCAGUGUCGCGGAGGGCGGCAGACCCCCGAGAUUGCCUUCCAUGGGCGUGAGAUUAAUAUAUUCAACGUGGGAUGCUGAGGUUUUAUUUCUCCGAUGCUGAAGCGGGAGACGCGGUGAUGGAGAUGAAGCAGAUGGGAAUGCAGCAGCAGCAGCAGACGCCGCCGCUCGCCGGGCGACGGGAGACGAAGGACGAGGGGAGUGGCGGAGCCCAUUUGGUCGCUGGGUUGGGCGUCGUGAGGCCGCUUGUCGUGCUUGCCUUGUUCACGCUCGUCCUGCUCCUCACUCUACCCUCAGUGGCCCAUCGCCGUCACUCACUCGAUCUGCUUCUCUUGCAUCGCCCAGCAGCAUCACAAGGAGUCUCCAACAGUAGUUGUUCUGCUAGUUCUUCCACCAUUGAACAUCCAAAAGACAAGUUACUUGGAGGUCUGCUUUCCCCGGUAUUUGAUGAAGCUUCCUGCCUGAGCCGCUACCAGUCUGCAUUAUACUGGAAGGUUUCGAACCACACUUCUUCAGCUUACCUUGUGGAGAAGCUCCGAAGGUAUGAAGCUCGCCACAAAAAGUGUGGCCCUGACACUGAGCUCUACAAGAAAGCUGUUGAACAGUUGAAGUCCAAUCGCAGCACAGGGCCAAUGGAGUGCAACUAUGUGGUAUGGAUGGCGUCUGAUGGCCUGGGAAACAGGAUCUUAAGUAUUUCCUCAGCAUUCCUCUAUGCUCUCCUUAAUAACAAGGUCUUACUGCUCGACCUUCCUGGAGACAUGAAGGGCCUAUUCUGUGAGCCAUUCCCUAACACCACAUGGGUUCUCCCUUCCGAUUUCCCUAUCAAUAACCUUAAAUGGGUCUGGAGGUUCGAGAAAGAUCCAUAUCGUUAUGGAGAUAUGCUUAAAAAGAAGGUGCUUAGCAAUGACAUGAACCCUGCAAAUGCUUCAUUUCCACUACCAGCUUAUCUCUAUCUCCACCUGGUUCAUUCUAAUGAUGACUUCGAUAAGAUGUUCUACUGCCAAGAGAGUCAGCUCCUACUUCAAAAGUUCCCUUGGCUAUUGCUAAGAUCAAAUCAAUACUUUGUGCCUGCUUUGUUUCUCAUUCCUGAGUUCAAGAAGGAACUGAGUCUGCUAUUCCCAGAGAGAACGACUGUCUUCCAUCAUUUGGGAAGAUAUCUUUUUCAUCCGUCCAACUCAGUCUGGGGCUAUGUAACGAGGUAUUAUGAAGCUUAUCUUGCUAAUGCAAAAGAAAGUUUAGGAAUGCAGAUCAGAACAUUCGCAAAGGUCGAUCUUGAUAGCCACUUUAGCUCUAUCAUGGGUUGCGCACUGAGUGAAAAGUUAUUGCCUGAUGUUGAUCCGAAAGAUCCUGCUCUUCCAACCAUCAUCGGUGUGAAGCCAAAAGCAGUUCUUGUUACCAGUUUGAACAGUGGGUACUUCGAGAAGCUAAGAGACAUGUACUAUGAGCAUGCAACAACGACGAAAGAGGUGAUUGGCAUCUAUCAACCGAGCCAUGAAGAGCAACAACACACAGAGAAGCUCAGUCACAAUAUGAAGGCCCUUGCAGAGAUGUAUCUGUUGAGCUUGAGUGAUUCAUUGAUGACUAGCCCAUAUUCAACCUUUGGGUAUGUGGCACAAGGUCUUGGUGGUCUAAGCCCGUGGAUUCUUAUAAGACCUGAUAACAAGAAUCUUUGCCUCCAUUCCAUGACCAUGGAGCCCUGCUUCCACUUUCCUCCAUCUUAUGAUUGUAAUGCUAAUAAGAAGGAUGACAUAGGAUCAGUGGUUCCAUAUUUGAGGCACUGUGAAGACUUCCGUAAAGGUAUUAAACUGUUUUAUUAGGAUAUGAGAUUGCUGUAAUACAUGUAUAAUGUACAUUCAACAAUUUCUUCUUAUCUUGUGGUGUUGAAAUUUGACACUGGUUCUUGAUGACAAAUUUUCUUAGAUAAUUUUGAAGCUAUUAGUUGAGCA